UGGAAUUGAAGCAUACAUGAGGGGAGUUUCUGGGUUUCUUACUUUAAAAACACAGUUUUGCUUUGAAACAUCACAGAUCCCAAGGCAGCGCGAUCACCAUGCACUUCUUUUACACAUUCAUUGUUUUUUCAACUUUGCUUGCGAGUGUCAAGCUGGAUGACAUAGAUCCCACACCACCCCCAGUGAAAGCCAAGGCUACAGUGAGUUUUGGUGAGCCGCGGCUCUUUUCAGGGGAAAACGUGCAGAUGACUUGCAGUGUCCCGGAUGACCCUUUAUCCGACUGGACGUAUGAGUGGUUCCAUAAUGAUUUAAAACUCUUUAGCUCGUCAGGGGUGUACAAUUUAGAGAAGGCACAAAUCCGGCAAAGUGGAAACUAUACCUGUCGAGCAGAGAAGGCCAUAGAAGCUUGGCCGUAUUCAGUAACAUCAACUCCAAGCGACCCUCUAGAAAUAGAUGUUGAUGGUGGUUGGGUUCUUCUACGAACGCCAUUUGAGCCAUUAAUUGUUGAGGAAACGAUGACUCUGACCUGUCGAGUCCGUGAUAACCCCCGUCUGUUAGAUGUGAUCUUCUACAAGAACGGGGUGGAGGUCUUUCAAGGGCCAGACAAACAUCUUCUCUAUCCCAACCUCACCCUUAAGGAUAAUGAUGUGUACUCCUGCAGGGCUACAUGGUUUAAGAACCAGGAAUAUCAGUCUGGCCAGUCUGUGCCUUCUUCUGUGAUUGUAUUGGAUAAGUUGGAGACUCCAAGGAUCGAGUUUUCCACAGGUCGAGGCUUGGCGAGGAGUGGGGACUCUGUGGAAUUGAGAUGCAUCACCAAACUAAAUACUCGAGAACAGGAUGUAAGUCUAGAGUACUACUUCUUUAAAGAUGGCAGUAGGAUGGCACCUGCUACUGCCACAAACACACACACCAUCUUAGGUGUGAGCCAAGAGGAUGCCGGUUUCUACUCCUGCAAAGUCCGUGUAAGGGCUCUGAACGUGGAGAGGUGGAGUAGCCAGAAGGUGCAGCUAAGGGUUCUGCGUCCUGUGCAACUUUAGGUGACAGAAUAUGCAAGUUCCUGACCUGGAAUGCACAAGGACAAUGGACAAUGGACAGCACAAGGACAAUGGACAAUGGACAGCCAUUCAACAAUUAUCCAAGUUCUUCAGUUUUAGAAUACUCUCACAUACUGUAGUUCACUGGUUACUACUGAUUACGUAAGGUGUACACUAGAUUAUGAUUAUGUGAAUUAUCGUUUCAAUCUGACAAUUUUUUAUUUAUGCAAAAACACAGAAAGAGCCUUAAAUAUCUUUUUUUUCUAUUUGAUUUUAAUACAUAUGCAUGAUUGGCUGAAUUAUUCUGGUAAAGCAUGACCUUUUCUCUUUGGAAAUUGUGUGUAAUACAUGAUUUUAUUCUUACAGACUAUCAAUAAAAACAUAGAACUGCU